AUGAAGCCUAUGCUGGGUUCUUCUGCUUCAAGCCUCAUGAGUGCAUCGAGUAGUGGAAGCACUGGUAGUGCACAAGCCUCAGCUGGUCAACACACUAUAGCAGCUACACUUACAGCUGUGCAUAAAAUGGAUUCCGAAUUACGUUGCCCAUCUUGCAGGCGAUUUUUCCAAUGUCCUUUAUUGUUACCAUGUGGACAUUCCCUGUGCAAUUUAUGCGCAGCUGGAGCUCUACUCCCCGCUAGCGAACCAAGCAUAGCGGCAUCGAUUGCAGCAGCGCUGCACUUAUCAACAGCUGAGACGUUUAGUCCUGCUAGUGGUCCUCCUCAAUCCUCAUCCUCGUCUUCAUCGACAACAGGAAGUAGUAUAGGUUGUCCCAGUACUUCUAACUCACAAGGAAACACACAAAUUAUGGGUUGUACUUCCAACAUACCUUCAGAUUCUGAUCAAAUGAGUGUUGUUAGCGAGACGGAUUCUGGUGUAAUUGUUAGCAGUCGACCAGGUAGUUAUGUGGGAAGACUACCCGUUAUAAUAUGUUCAUCAACUUCAGGUUUAGGUCCGAGUCAAACCUACAGUAUCUCUUCAUCUUCAAUAAGUCAAGUUUCAAGUGGCUUAAUAUGUCCCAUAUGUAACCACGUCGUUGGUCUUUUUGAUGAUAAGGGACUAAGUCAUCUCCCGAGAAAUCGUGCUCUUGAACGGAUAAUAUCUAAAUUUGUAGGCCCUGAUCAAUCACCUCAUUCACUAAAAUUGAGUGCAGACUUGGAACCAUUUUUAUUAAACAAUAACACAGACCCAAUUAAUAGACCAGGUGGACCACUUUGCCAGUUAUGUGAAGAACCUAAUAUCCCAACGGAAAAUCCAUUAUCUUCAGAAACCAAUAAAACUGAAGUGAAUGAACAAAAUUGUUUAGCAACAUUUUGGUGUGAACAAUGUGAAAUAUUUUAUUGUACACGAUGUCGUGAAAAAUGUCAUCCAGCUCGUGGACCAUUAAAUCGUCAUGCAUUACAUUCAGCAACUGAAGGUGUAAAAAUAAUUAGACAAAAACAACGUAAUCAACCUACACCAUGUAUGUCACACUUAAAUAUAAUACCAAAUCUGUAUUGUGUUAAUUGUCAUAUACCGGUGUGUAAUGAAUGCAUAAGUAAUGAUAAUUCACAAACAUUUGAAACACAUUCAAAACAUGAAAUACUUCCAUUGAUUGGAGUCUGUAAAUCACGGAAAACUGAACUAUCUCAGUCACUUCAAGCACUAUCAGAAAGAGCUCGUUCAGCUACGGAGCACAUACAGCGUUUAAGAUCGAAGUCAGAAACCGUUAAUAGAAACCUUGCAGAUUCAGAAAAAGAACUUGUUGAACAACUAAACACAUUGAUUUCUGCUAUUGAAACAAAAAAACAAGAACUAACAGAACGUUUACGAGACGAAAGAACCAAACGUAUUCAUUGUCUCAAGGAACAAAUUAAUCGUGUCACAUCAUUAUUAACCAAAUCAACUGGUCUUAUUCAAUUUUGUAUAGAAAUGCUUAAAGAAAGUGAUCCAUCCGCAUUUCUUUUGGUAUCUCAAUCACUUAUCACACGUACUCAAAAUGCAGAACAAAAUUUUAUACAAGAACUUCAACAUACUUCAUCUACUAAUGAUAUUACUGGAUCUUUAUUAUCACUUGCUUUAUCAUCAAGUAAAGAUUAUUCACAUCAUUCACCUAAGAAAAGAACACUUAAAUCAAAUGAAGAGAUUUCUGGUAAAUACAACAAUCCUGCCGGUAAUGUUAGUGGGACAAGUACAUCUAAUCGAUUAAACAAAACAUUGGAUUUAUUAGGUGUGAAUAGUGUUGAUGCAAUACAUCGAGCAAUUUUAAAUUUAGGUUUAGAAGAAGAUCAAAAUACAAAAAGAACUGAAUAUUUCCAACUUAUCAAUCAAAAAAUUAACGAUGCUCCAGCUCCACCAGCGUUUCUUAUAGAAGAAUGCAUUUCAGAACGUAAUGUUAUUACUCUUGUGUGGCAACCCACAUCGUCUAUUCCCAUUGAUCGUUACACACUUGAAUUGGAUGAUGGAGCAGGUGGAACUUUCAGGAAAGUUUAUCGAGGUGUUGAAACAAUGUGCACUGUCGAAGGUUUACACUUUCGUUCCGUCUAUCGUGCACGCGUUAAAGCACACAAUCAAGCUGGUGAAAGUCAAUACAGUGAACGAAUUUGUCUACAGACAUCAGAUUUUACUUGGUUUCAUUUGGAUAUUCAUACUUCUGUACCAGAAAUUUUACUUACAAAUGGAAAUAGAACUGUUACUAGUCAAUUAUCUGAAGAUAGAGUAAUUCUUGGUUCAACUGGUUUAUCAAGAGGUGUACAUUAUUGGGAAUUCACUGUAGAUCGUUGUGAUCCUGGCGGACAACCUGCAUUUGGUAUAGCUAGAUAUGAUUGUAAUAAAGAAAUAAUGCUUGGUCUUGAUAUGAAAAGUUGGUCGAUCUAUUUUGAUUAUAAACGAAGUUGGUUUUUACAUAAUGGAGAACAUUUUGAACGAACUGAUGGUGGAAUACAUGCUGGUAGUGUAGUUGGUAUUCGACUGGAUUGUAAUAGAGGCAGUUUAUCUUAUUAUUUAAAUGAUCAACCGCAUGGUCCAAUUGCAUUCACUAAUUUGCCAAAUGGGAUUUAUUAUCCAGCUGUCAGUUUAACAAGAGCUAUUCAACUAACUUUACAUUCUGGCUUAGAAGCUCCUAGUGAGAGUGAAGAAAGUGAUGAAGAUAGUUCUGGUGGUGGAACAGGAACUGAAACCACUUCUAUGGCAACCACUGUUUUAACCCUACCAUCUACAUUACAAAGCAAAGGAUUAAGGCAAUGAAUUUAUUGACAUGAAUUAUUAACUAGAUAAUCUGCCUGUAAGUUUAUUUGUUUUUCCAAAUAUUUACUUGUAAACAAU